AUGGCAGCCAACCGGUUCUUGCUGCGGUGGACGCGGCCCGUCAACGAGUUGCAACAGCUGGCGACUACGCUGGUCACGCGGUACCGAGACGCCAUCGCUACGCUGGCACAAGCACCAGCGCAAGAUACUGGAGCCAUUUGGCAUGCAGUGCAGCAGCUGGCCAAAGCCGAAGCUGACGUGUUUACCCGAACCAUUGAGGCUGUCUUGCCCUCGGUAGCUUCCUCUAGCGACCCGGCCGUGCGCAAGGCCAGCGUCGAAGCCAAGACGCAGCUCAAAGCCGUCUUUGGUGAGCUCACGGCCAACGUUGCCGUCGCAGAGCGACUCCAAGUGCUGCUGGACCAAUGGCGCCAGCUCGGCGCCAGCGUCAACCUCGACGAGCAAGACCAUCGUUAUGUCGUUCGGCUGGUCCGAGAGUGUGAGCGAGCCGGCUCGAUGCUGACUCCCGCAGAUCGAGACGCGCUGCAAAAGCUGCGGCAACGUGAAACUGAGCUCUGUGCUACCAUUGAGCAGACUAUCAAUGAGGAGGACAGCACCGUGCGCUUCACCGCAGCUCAACUUGAGGGUGUGCCGGCUGGUGUUUUGGCUGGCUGGGACCGUGACGACAAGACCGACGAAUAUGUGCUCUCCCUCAAGGCGCCCAGCGUCGUACCCGUCUUGACCUCGUGCCACGUUGCGGAAACCCGCAAGACGAUGGAACAGCGGCGCAAUCAGCGGUGCCUUGAAAACUACCCUCGUAAAAAACAUCAUGCUGACGUCAUGAUUGACGGUCGUAUGUGCGAGAAUGCCGAUGCGGCCCUCGAUUUUCUGCAAGGCAUUGCCAAUCGUCUCUUACCUGCGGCCGUUCAGCAAAAAGAAGGGCUUCUGGCCUUUAAGCGUACGCAAGAGCCACAGGCCACAACUCUCGAAGCCUGGGAUCUGGCCUACUUUCAAAAGCUGCAGUUGAGCCGGGACGAGUGCUGGCACCCAGAAGUGCGUUGUUUUGCCGUCCAUGACGACUCCACGGAUGAGCUGCUCGGUCAUUUUUUCUUGGACAUGCAUUCACGGCCGGGUAAAUAUGGACAUCAGUGCGUCAUGCCUAUCCGCCCCAGCUGCGUGCGGGAUGGACAACAACAGACGCCCAUUGUGGCCAUGAUUGCCAACUUUCCCCGCAACACGGCGGACCAACCCGCGCUCUUGCGUCAUUCACAAGUGACAACAUUCUUUCACGAAUUUGGCCAUGUGUGUCACGGCGUUUGUACUUCGAGCAAGUAUGCGCGUUUCGCUUGGGCCUGGUCCAUCGUACCCUACCCAGCAGGCGUAGAGUACGACUACCUUGAGGUGCCAUCGAUGAUGUUUGAAAACUGGACCUGGGAUGCCUCAGUUCUCCGCAAGCUUUCGUGCCACUUUAAAACAUUGGCCCCCUUGCCAGAUGAUGCUGUAGAGCGCUUGAUUGCCUCACGAUUCCACAACAAGGCUUGGGGCGAACUGCGGUACCUCUACAUGGCCAUGGCCGAUCUUCGUGUUCACAUGAAAGAAUCUGACCAGCCCGCGUCUGUGCACACUCAAAGUGACUUUGCAGACCCCUUGCAAGUAUACAAUGAAUUGCGGUUGAAGUAUGCUCUGUUGCCUGCUGAGCCUGACGCCAACCCUUGGACCGCUUGGUAUCAUCCCGUCAUGGGCUAUGACGCUGGUUACUACAGCUAUGCGUGGUCUGAGGCCGUGGCUACGGAUCUGCUUCAGACUUUCAAGGAGCGAGCUGGCGGUUCCCUGUUGGUUCCCGAGCAGGGCGCUGAGAUCCGUCGCCAUAUUUUGGCCCCCGGAGCGACUGUCGACGGCAAGACUAUGGUCAAACAGUACUUGGGUCGUGAGCCCAAUUUUGAACCAUUUGUCGCUCGCAUGUGCGAGUAG